GAACAAGUUGUCUUUGCAACAUGAAGGUGUUCCUAACUAUUCUGGCUUUGGCUGUCGCCUCGGCUUCGGCCUACGAAAGUGUCAUCCACCCCAAGGAUCUGCCCAAGGUGGCCAAGAUCGAGGGUCGUAUCACUAACGGCUAUCCGGCAGAGGAAGGCAAGGCCCCCUACACUGUGGGAUUGGGCUUCAGCGCUGGCUGGUGGUGCGGUGGAUCUAUCAUUGGCAGCGAAUGGGUACUUACCGCUGAGCAUUGCAUCGGUGGUGAUGCCGUGACUGUCUACUUCGGAGCCACCUGGCGCACCAAUGCCCAGUUCACCCACUGGGUUGGAAGCGGCAACUUCAUCUCCCACGCUUCCGCUGACAUCGCCCUGAUCCGCAUUCCCCAUGUGGACUUCUGGCACAUGGUUAACAAGGUUGAGCUGCCCAGCUACAACGAUCGCUACAACGACUACAACGAAUGGUGGGCUGUGGCCUGUGGAUGGGGUCGCACCUACGAUGGCAGCUCCCAGCCCGAUUGGAUGCAGUGCGCGGAUCUCCAGAUCAUCCACAACUCUGAGUGCUCCAGAUACUACGGAACCGGCGUUGUCGGCGACAACAUCAUCUGCGUCCGCGUAGUCGAUGGCAAGGGAACCUGCAAUGGCGACUCCGGUGGCCCUCUAGUCACACACGAUGGCGCCAAGCUUGUGGGAGUCACCAACUGGGUGUCCGGUGCUGGUUGCCAGGCUGGUGAACCCGCUGGAUUCCAGCGUGUUACCUACCACUUGGACUGGAUCCGCGACCACACUGGAAUUUCUUACUAAUAAACGACGACAAUCGAUUAAAUAAAUACAUUUGAAGAGCAAA